UCGGCAGAAGAUGACAGAGACAAACUCUUGGACGAACAAGUAGGAGACUUCGAAGAUGAAACUGGGCUCCUUAUUGACACGAAGAGUCUACUUCCGACUCGGCAUCAAGGUAAAGUGAUAUCCUCACCGAAUUGGUCUUCGCAGUAUGGUGUGGAAGGUACCCGGUUGGUUUGGAAGCAUCGGCCUGGAUAUCUCGGAGGCGAGGUAAACAAGGAUAUGGAUGAUGUUUAUUCUCCCAUCUUUAACAGACCAUGAUCGACUCUCCCCUUAUUGAGGCUAUAAGUACAACAUUUUCAUCAAGGCGUGGAAAAGGGUAGCCGUGCUGGUCUGGCCUUAGAGGGGAGAAGAAUCGCCAUCCAUUAAGGAGCAAAAAGUGUGCCUUUGGUUGGAUGCUUUC